UGUGACGAAGAAUCACAGUAUUUAAGAGGCUGUAGGAAUGGGCUGAAAAUCGGCUUUUGUUUUCUGUGCAGACAGGCACACUCCCAUCUGAUUUGGGCCAUCCCUCACCUUCAGAGUGAAGGGGGAAAAAUAACCCCCAGACUCCUUGCCACCAUGUGCUACGGCAAGUGCGCACGAUGCAUCGGACAGUCUCUGGUGGGGCUCGCCAUCCUCUGCAUUGUAGCUAACAUCUUGCUGUACUUUCCCAAUGGGGAAACAAAGUAUGCCUCUGAAGACCACCUCAGCAAGUUUGUGUGGUUUUUUUCUGGCAUCAUAGGAGGGGGCUUGCUGAUAUUCCUGCCAGCAUUUGUCUUCAUUGGGCUGGAACAAGAGGACUGCUGUGGCUGCUGCGGCCACGACAACUGUGGCAAAAGAUGCGCGAUGCUUUCUUCUGUGCUGGCAUCUCUCAUCGGAAUUGCAGGGUCUGGCUACUGUGUCAUUGUGGCAGCUCUGGGCUUAGCGGCAGGACCACUAUGUCUUGAUUCCUCCAACCAGUGGAACUAUACCUUUCUGGACACUGAAGGACAAUACCUUCUGGAUACAUCCACAUGGUCCCACUGCAUCGAACCCAGGCACGUUGUGGAAUGGAAUGUUUCUCUGUUUUCUAUACUCUUGGCACUAGGUGGAAUUGAAUUCAUCUUGUGUCUCAUUCAAGUAAUAAACGGAAUGCUUGGAGGCAUAUGUGGCUACUGCUGUACUCACCAUCAGGUAAGAACCUGCAUGAAAAAAUUCAAUAUGACUGUUAAAAUAACCACCCCAAGACAGAACCACAAUCUUCCUUCAUUUCAUUGUAAUUUAUAUAUUUUACUUGUAUUAAUUUGUAAAACUUUGUACUAGUGUAUUAUAUUUCUUUUAUGCUCCUUUUAUAAAUGUGUGUAAAGACUGGCAUCUUCAUGUGAUGUCAGUGUUUGCACUUAGCAAACAAAUAUAUAUAUAUAUAUAUAUAUAUAUAUAUAUAUAUAUAUAUAUAUAUAUUUUAAAGAAUGAGAAAAUAAACCACACUCUUGAGAUUAUUUACAGAUGGAGUGAUGGUCCUCAAUGCAUUUGAGAUAAACUCUGAAGUAAUGUUUUUAAGAAACAUUGCCAUGAUAAAUAUUACAUCCAAAUUUCUACUGUAUAUAUGUGCUUGUGUUUAUUAAAUGAAAGAUUUCUAGUAGCUUUUUUAAGAUCAUGAAGGAGAAAAUCCAACAACUUGAAAAGAUGAUUUUUUUUCAUUGUUUAUAUGGUGUUUCCCAUUGAUGUACCUGCAACUCUCUAAUAUGAAGCUUCUUUGCACUGUUUUUGCCUUCUGGGAGGGACAGCUCCUUGCCCAGAGUGGGAGGACUGACUCACGAUUCUCCAAGCCUAAUGAAUGAGUCAAAAUGUACAAUGCUGCUGGUUGCUGCAAGCACUUCAGAUCCUAAGUUUUCCUAACAUGUGCAAACUUUUUUGUCCUUCAAAGACAAGCACUGAGGAUCACGUAUUUAAGAAGAGAAAGGCCUGGAUGAUUAGACAGGAAGCAUGUUGGGAAACGGAAUAAAGCACCAUGAGAAAAUGGGGGAGAAGGGAAAUGGGGCAGGAGGACCACAAGGAAAUAUCCCAAACUUUCUUGUUUAAAUACAACAAAAUAAAGUAUCCACUACCAUUUU